GAAAGAAAAAAGUGAAAAAGCGCACGAGGAAUCGUCGGUAACUCGGUAUUAAAGACGACGCAGAGACGAUCAUGAAAAACAAAGAAGAGAAGUAAAGACAAGAUCAGUUGCAGACGGAGACAGGGUCAGGGUCUCUAAUUUAUUCUGACUUUUGCUCAUUUUCCGAAUUCCGGAUGAAACGCGCAAAUUCCGGAACUCGAUGCACGAGUUUCUUCUUCUCCUCUUCGGUUUUCACUCUUUAUAGUCUUUAGUCUUCACUCCGGUCCAGUUCUCACCUCUUAUAUUAUUGUUGUCGUCGUCUCUCUUUUCGGGCGAAAUCCAGUUGUGUUUUAUUAAAUGCAUUGCAGCAAAGAUUAAAGGUACACUUUAAAAGUUAAAGUGAAACAAUACUUUGUAAUUUCUGCAAGCAUGGCUCCUGGUGGCUGCAUCUUCAAGGAAGUCCUUGAGUCUCAGUCUGCAGUUGUGGAUUAUGAUAUAUCAGCUACAAAAUCAAUAUUAAAGCAUCCUCAAUCUACCAAAGAUGCUAUUGUGUACAAUGGAAAGUGUGGAGUGUCAUCAACCAAUGGUGUACAUGAGCUUCUUGAAUGCCCUGUUUGCACAGGCUCAAUGUAUCCCCCCAUUCACCAGUGUCCAAAUGGUCACACUCUAUGUUCAAGCUGCAAGGUUAGAGUACAGAACCGUUGCCCAACUUGUCGCUUUGAGCUUGGUAACAUAAGGUGUUUGGCCUUGGAGAAGGUGGCGGAAUCAUUAGAACUACCAUGUAGAUACCAGAACUUGGGUUGCCAUGAUAUAUUCCCAUACUAUAGCAAACUCAAGCAUGAACAACUAUGCCAAUUUCGUCCAUAUAAUUGUCCUUAUGCUGGGUCUGAGUGCUCCAUCACUGGAGAUAUCCCUACCCUUGUUGCACAUCUCAAGAAUGACCACAAGGUUGACAUGCAUGACGGGUGCACCUUCAACCAUCGAUAUGUCAAAUCCAAUCCACAAGAGGUUGAAAAUGCUACGUGGAUGCUGACAGUUUUCAACUGCUUUGGUAGACAAUUCUGUUUGCACUUCGAGGCAUUCCACUUGGGAAUGGCACCUGUAUACAUGGCCUUCCUGCGGUUCAUGGGUGAUGAGAAUGAUGCAAAGAAAUUUAGUUACUGUCUGGAAGUUGGUGGCUAUGGGCGUAAGCUAACAUGGCAAGGAGUUCCAAGAAGCAUACGAGAUAGCCACAAAAAGGUUCGGGACAGUGAGGAUGGGCUGAUCAUCCAGAGGAACUUGGCCCUCUUCUUUUCUGGUGGCAAUAGGCAAGAGUUGAAAUUGAGAGUGACAGGCCGAAUAUGGAAAGAACAGUAACAGAUGCUAGAAUCCAUUUAAAAUCUUAUGUAGAAAAAGAAAUUUAUACUGGUUCAACUGGAUGGGGGUAGUCCAUUUGAGGAAUUUAGAGAUGCCAGUCGUUUCUGUAUAUGGGGUAGAUCAAUGCUUACAAACUUGAUAUUUUCUUUUUAUUCCUGAAAAAAAUUGCAGGGCUUCCUUUAUCUUAGCCCCUUUUUUUUCCCCUGAUAUUUAGUACAAUUAAACAAGGAUACGAUAUAAAAAAGAAUUGCCUUAA